GCAGCGCUCCCGGCAUGCAGCACGGCCGUCCCAGCGUGCCUUGCGGCACACACACACACCGGCGGAGAGCUGGGCGGCGGUGGCACCACGGGAGGCCUUUCCGUUCCAGCGGCUGCAAACGACGACGCUGAGGCGACAUGGAAGUGAAGGAUGCGAACGCGGCCCUGCUCAGUAACUACGAGGUGUACCAGUUACUGACAGACCUCAAAGGGCAGCGGAAGGAGAGCGGGAAGAACAAGCACAGCGCUGGGCAGCAGAACUUGAACACCAUCACCUACGAGGUGAGCCCGGCUGCUCAGGCCUCACCAGGCGGGAGGGUGGCUGCUGCUUCGGGAAAUGGGAGCAGUCCGGCCACCUGCCAGAUAGUGAGACCGGAUAAGAUUGUCCUCACUUGUAGACACUAAGUGCACAUUUGGGUCUCCACCUGAACCACCUUCAGGUGCUCCCGGUCAGCUGGCUGGGGUCCUUUUGCUCUCCCUGGAUGAGAGUCCUGGGUAGGUGGGGAAGCUCUCACAGUGCUCGGGCUGGCUGGUCAGUGGGGCUUUUGUUACUUGGAGGUAAGAGCAGCUGGCCCAUGGGAGCCUCAGAGGAUGGCGCCCUCUAGUGUUGUAACCUCAUGCGGGCUUUUGAUAGUGUGACUUCCCGUUCCAUUUCUUGGGUAGGCCUAGGAAGUUGGGAUUCCUCCGUAGCAGUUGACGGUGGAGCUUCCCAGCAGGACUAGGUGUUGGGACUCUUCAGCCCUUGAUAGUAUCAGUAUUACACUUUGCAGGCCUGGGGUGCCUGACAGCUUUGGUCCUAAGCACUUGAUGGCUCUCUGGAUUCUUCUGCCCAUCUGUUU